UUGAUGGUAUUUUCAUAACAUUGUUAAAGGACGUUGAAUAAAGUAACUAAAUACAAUUAUUGUUGUUUAUUCUGAAACACCAACGAUUUAAUGGUAAAUAGAAUAUGAGCAGCAAUGAGUUAAUAUUACGGAGGACUGAUAAUCACCUAAUUUUUCAUUCGAAAGAAAUGAGGUGGCUUCGGCCCCAAAUUGUUUCGAAUUAGUUUAAAUCAACCAGUUCUCAAUUUGUAUUUUUAGCCCUCCGUAUAGUUGGAAUUAACAAUGGAAAUGUUUAAGUAGAUAGAAAUCGUUAAAAAUUAAAAUUUGUACGUUAGCAAACCAAAAAACAAAUCGAAUUCAACACUUUGUAAUAAAUAAAAACACAUUUCAAAUAAGAUACCAGACAGUUUUCAAAUGGGAUUCAAAACCUCACGAAAACGUAGUAGGUAAUAGUAAUAAGCUUUUUUCCAAUUUUUUUUGCUAAAACUACGAUUUCAAUUUUUGGAAACAUAAAAGUGGUUACUUGGCUUUUUUAUUUAUCAAAGUCAAUAAACACUGGCUUGUAUGCACAUUUUUAUUUUAGUAUCUAUUUUCGCAAACGGUUAUUUUUCUGUUAAAUUGAUUUUAACUUUGCUUUAUAAAAUGCAAUAUUCGAAGUUUUGUAGAAAAAUUAUUUUGGAUUUACAUGAAUUUUUUUCUCCAGUUUGUUGAGCAAAUUUAAACAUUAGCGAUUUUUUGCGUAUUUUCCAAUAAUAGCAAUUUUAUUGAAAGAAUGACUAAUGCUUGACCUGAAAAAUAUUUAGGAAGCAACCUUGAUGAAAUGUACACAAAAAGUGAGUAAUCUAAUCUCAUUUGGUUUAAUUUUAUAAAUAAAAUCGCACUGUACGAAUAUCAGGGGUGAGCAGUAAUUUUGAAACUCGAGUUUUUUUACAACUUUUCAGCAAAAAAAGUUAAUAAAUUGAUAAUGGAUGUAAAGGAAUUUAUACAACGCUUCCACAACCUUCCCGGUGCUACAAUCGGUGCAAAAAGGAAGUCUCUGUUUAUCCUUCUGCAGAGCUUACCUUCAGACCAGUCCGCCCUCAUCACUUCCAUCACUCCCAAAAAUCAUUUGGAACAACUGUUUAAGCUGGAAGUUUUAAUCCGACUACAAAAUAUUCCCCAUUUAAUCGAAGUACUUAAAUGUGAGGAGGAACUCCUUCCCGCAAAAUUAUUAAAAAACAAGUGGUUUUGCCAAAAACUGGCAUCGAUUCUUGAUGAAGACAGCUCAAAUUUUGUGAACACUAUUCUACCCUUUACAUCUUUCGUCAUACGAAUGAGAAUAAUCGCAAAACUUGCUCUGUACGGCACGAAAAUGGACAAUGUGUACGACGAUAUUUACAAGCGAUAUGGGUUCCACAUCGCGACGAAGGUUUUGGUAGGUUGCAGCGAAUCAAAAAUUCGAAAUGUUUUGCAAAACGGAGACGUCGUUCUCUCGCCUCGCGACCUCAAAAUAUUGUACCUUAAACACCCACAAGUGUUUCAAUUUUAUUUGAAACAGAACGGUUCCAUUGACGAUGACUCAGUUUUGAGUUUUGUUGCACGAAGAGAUAAGAAAACGUUCCUCGAGCUAAUGAAAACUUUCAAAUUACGGGCAAACAUUGGUAAACGACUUACCAGACACUUGUUGAACACUUACAAAGAUUUAAUAAUCGCACAAGCAAAAACGCUGAGUACUUGUCUUCGCAUGAAAACAGUCAUGAAAACGUUAAGUCAAGACGAUUUUAAAAGAUAUUUCUUCAACUGUUUGCCCGAAAAUUUCAAACGUUUGCGUAAUGUGUCUUACGAAAUGCAGCAAAAAAUUGGAGAAAAAUAUUACAAACUGCUUUUGGAAGGAAUGAAAGAGGUUUAUAAUAAGAGUUUGUACGAUUAUCCCGAUUACGUCAGUGAAGAUAUGACGCGAUUUAUGGAUGUUGAAGAAAGGGAAAAGUGGAUCGAACUGAAGAAGAAAAGUGGUACCCCGGAAGCAGAUUUGGUCAAAUUUAUGAGACCCUCUCUUUCCAUUCCUUGGAUUAAAAAUAAAAUUAAUGUUACGUCCGCUGUUACGUCCCGAGAUGACCUCGCUUGUCUGCUCCUUGAAACGUGCAAAAUCAAUAAUGAUUUGGACGCAUUAGCUGAAGUUUUGGAAUAUUUUUGCAACAGACACCGAAACGACAAUGAAAGUGUCAUACGCAACUUUUUAUUCAAACUUAAAAAUUUGUACGAAGUUGAAAAAUUGGAGGAACGCCACUGGAAAUGUAUCAACACGCUAAAUAAUAUUCUGGACAUGAAGGGACACAAUUCUUACUUCGGUUACGAUUACGAGCUUAAAUACGUCGAAUUUUUGUUCUCCAGUAAGAAAUUAACCGACAAGCACGUGUAUAAAUUUUUAAAACUAACCAAAGGGGUUAAUUAUUGGGAGAACAAACUCAAAAGUGAACCUUUGAAAAAAAUAUUUCUUUUAAAAACUAUUGAACUCAUGCCCGAACUGACGGACAAGAAGGAAGAAAUCCACUUGCUGGAUUUGUCAACCAUAAACUGGAUUUUUUGUUGGAACGAAAAACACCCCAAUGAUCAAAUUAAUUUUUUAAAUUACCCCAGAUUGGUAGAAUCGUUCCAUAAGGCACAAAACGAGGCACUGAAUAAAGCCAAAUUCAAUCAAAGAUCGACAACUUUGUCGCAUUUGUACAAAACCAUCAUUUGUACGAAAGAAAAGUCACAAUUCCGAGAGGACACAAUAAAAAAUUAUUUACUACUAGAUUACCACUUCUACAAUGAAACAAUUGAUUUCUGGUUGUUGAAACAUGAGCCUGAAAUUGUCCACAAAAAUUUCGACAAGUGGGCCGCCCACAUUCAACGAGUCGAUUUGCAACUUAUAAAUUUACUGAAAAAAUAUUCCCACUUUUCGUUUGCCGAAAGAAUGGUCAAGCGUUGCGUCGAAAACGUGAAAAAUGAUCGAGAAACCUUAUACACCAUCCUUGCGAUGCUUAUGCCAACGCAGGAUUUCACCCAACUAAUUGCACCUUUUUACCCUCCUAACAAUAAAAUCGACGAAGCCAACGAUGAAGAAAGAAAGAAAGGCUAUCGGGCAUUGGCCAUUUGCGAAAGUUUGAAAUACGCCACCGGUUUUGUCCUCCCGACUAUCAUUACAUAUUGCAAAGGUGAUUUUUUGGGUCGAGCCCUGGAGUCUCUCUACUAUCAAUUUUACCACACCCCCGAAAACAAAUUGAGUGUUUUUAUCAACGAGUUAUCAUCGAGAGCGGUUUCGGUGCGAAAACACGCAAUUUUCCUCACUUGUCAAGUAGCAACAGCCGAAGACACCCAAAACUUAAUCAAAAAAUACCUCGAGACGGAACGUAAUAUCUCAGUCCAGAAACACUUAUUUACCGCCGCUUUGAAAUAUUUCACUAAAAAUCCCUCUGAGGAUUUUUGGGAAUGUGUCACGAUUUGUAUGACGAAUUUGGACAAAAACGACAAUGAGAGUUUCGAUUUGUUGAUCGAUGUGUCUAAAAUACCACAAAAAUACAAAGGGAGACACGUAAUGUUGGUGUGGGAAAUGUUGAAAGUAUCGGAGGAUUUAGCCCCGAAAAGGACAAGUCUAUUAUCGUCAAUCCCUUCGGAUGUCUUCAAAGACUUCCCUUUGCAUUUUCUGACCGAAAUUAUCACAAACAAUUUCCUACAAUGCAACUCCAAGUGCAAAAACUCGAUCAAUGAUUUCGUUAUCUCAACCAUACUUCACACGAGUUACACGAGCGAUAUUAUAAAUUUAAUCUUCGAUAUUUUAACCAAAGUUAAAACCGCCUCAUUUGUAACUCUCGGAGAGGAGAAAAACGCGCGUCAGUUAGUUUUACGUUUUGUUGCAAAUUUUGUUUCAACGAUGGAAACAGACGAGGGAGAUUAUCAAAUACUUCAAUUAUUUUCCGACCGUUGGCACGGCCUGUUUGGGGUUGGCGAAGCGAUUCAAGAACACUUAAAAAUCUCAUUUGCGUUGUUUAAUCUCGAGGCAAAGAAAGAUUUAAUCAAAUUUAGCAACGCAGUUGCUGGACUUCUCAAUACUUUGGUGCCAAAAUACGGUAUUGUUGUUGUAAACGUUUUUGCAAGCGAAUUGAAAAAUUCUUUGGCCUCGUUUUUGCGUUGUUACGGCGACUGGAAUGAAGAUUUUUACAAGUUUUGUUUGAAUUUACUGGAAAAUUGGAAAGACCUAACAAUUUAUUUAUUGGUUAUUAAACUUUUGCCCAGUAAAGAGCCGUCACAAGACCAAACCAAAGCCAUGUUCAAGGAAAUUGUUGAUCGACUCAAGCAAGUUCCCGAUGAAUCUAUUCAACUGUUAAUGAAUCUUUAUAUAACAAAUAUGGAGUAGAACUAAGAAUUUAUGCUUUUGAUGGUAUUUUGAUAACAUUGUUAGAGGAUAUUGAAUAAAGUAACUAAAUACAA